AUGCGACCUGGCGUUAGAAGCACAGUAGAGCGCCUUGAUAGGCCCAGCGCCUACUAUCAGAACCGCAACAAGCGAAGACGCGAUCGCGAUGACGAUAACAACCAACCACAAGAGCCCCAGGUCGAUCCUUUGGCCAAUGCCACAACUCUCUAUGUUGGCAACCUGUCUUUCUACACAACCGAAGAACAAGUUUACGAGCUUUUCGCAAAGUGCGGCGAAAUCAAGCGCCUCGUCAUGGGCCUCGAUCGUUUCAACAAAACGCCUUGCGGUUUCUGCUUCGUCGAGUAUUUCACACACGAGGACGCUCUUGAUUGUUUGAAGUACAUCGGUGGCACAAAACUCGACGAACGCAUCAUUCGUACCGAUCUGGACCCUGGUUUUGAGGAGGGCCGCCAGUACGGUCGUGGCAAAUCUGGCGGUCAAGUACGUGACGAGUACCGCGAGGACUUUGACGAGGGCAGAGGAGGAAUUGGUAGGGCGAUACAGGCCGAGGAACGAGACGAGUAUGCUGAGGGAAAGUAG